CGUGCGUUGUUCCGGCUCGACCCGCCGCAUCCACCGAAAUUAGGUUACCGAGGGCCCAAGUGCACAGGCAAAAGGGUCGGGGGAGGAUGAACAGCUGUCCCUCGUCUACCCUACACAGGUUACGCAGCUAGCGCAACGAGCUUAACGGCCAAUCACGGCAUUCGAGCCCGUUUAACGGUUUUGACGUUAUCUCGCACCAUUUCCACCGUGAACACAGCAGUAAUACAUAUUUGUUUACAAACUGAAAUAGUUGAUAAAUAGAUACACGGUGAAUCAUUCAUGUUAACACGGCGUUGGGACAUUGUAAAUGAUUGUGUGAUGGUAGUGUGAACUGAAACCCAAUAACUCGUGACUAAACCAUUGAUUGUCAAUUGUUUUUCUGCAAUGCUUGAAUGCAAUGCUGAUAAAACCUAUCUGAGGAUGUAAAUAAUCUCGUUUCAUGUGAGUGUUGGAUGAUAUAAAUUGUUGAUGCACACUUACAACAAUGACACGGCUACGUGAAUUGGUGUUGGCCUACCGAACGCGACGUUCAAAGCGUUUACCUCAGCUGGAUACAGUCUCAUUUGAUUCAUUUUAUAAUGAGGGACCCACUGACCAAUUUCCUAUCACCAAAGAAUCAUCAUUGAAUGAUCUCUCACCAAGUCAUUCUCCUGCUAGAGAAUACGUGAAAUUCUCGGCACAAAACUACAAAGCGCCGGCAAGCUGCACCCGUCCAAGCCUAGCCACAAUCCUUUUGGGAAUCGUCCUUGUGGCUGUCUUUGUCAUCCUGCCGGCACUCUAUUUGAUUCACUGCUUCGGCCUCAUCCGCAGUGAUUAUGACAACCGUAUCCCGCACAUCUUUGCCAUCAAAGAAACUUACCACUAUGCGCCCGGCGAGAAAGUCCACGAAGCUCUCGACGUCUACAGCAAUGGCAAAACACGCGUUGUCGUUAAAGAAUUACCGCUGCCGCCCAAACCCGACUAUGCGCAUUGUCCGCUUGACGAUGCGAAUAAAUUCGACUGUUUUCCCGAAGGCGAUGUUACGAAGGAGAAGUGUGAAGCGCGUGGAUGUUGCUGGGUGCCACGCAACUCCAAGAAGCGCAAUAAAAAGUUCAAUACAUUAAACAUCAAUACGCCGUACUGUUUCUUUCCGGAUAAUUAUCGCACGUAUAGUUUUGUUAAUGUAACACUCACCGACUUCGGAUUGGUUACGUUUAUGAAACGGGAUUAUCGCAGUGCAUAUCCGGAUGAUGUGGAAGUGAUAAAGAUGAUUGUUAAGUAUGAGACUGAGGAUAGAUUACACUUUAAGAUUGUUGAUCCGUCUACAACUCGUUUCGAGCCACCAUAUCCCGAUGUGCCGGUGGUCGAUGGAGCUCCGUCGAACUUAUCCUACGCGUUCGCCAUUUCCAAUUCGACUUUUGGCGGAUUUCAAGUUAUUCGAAAAUCGGAUAACACUGUAAUAUUUGAUACUAUGAACAUGCAAACAUUGAUCUACGCGGAUCAACUUAUCCAGUUUACUACGAAACUUUCUUCCGAUAAAAUAUUCGGACUGGGCGAGCAUCGAUCGCCUUUUUUGCUCUCGACACACUGGACGAAAUUUACAUUGUGGAAUCACGAUAAUAUACCACUAGAAGAUGCGAAUUUAUAUGGUUCACAUCCAUUUUUCCUGAACAUAGAACCAUCCGGCUGUUCUCAUGGUGUCUUUUUGCUCAAUAGUAACGCGAUGGAUGUAAUUAUCCAACCGACGCCUGCCGUUACCUAUCGUACCAUCGGUGGUAUCUUAGAUUUUUACAUAUUCCUCGGUCCGACACCCGCGAAUGUCGUCCAGCAAUACACUGAAAUAAUCGGCAAACCAUUCAUGCCUCCCUACUGGGGUCUUGGUUUCCAUUUGUGUCGAUUCGGCUACAAAACUCUCAAUGACACAAAAGAAAUACUCCAGAAGAAUCUAGACGCUGGUAUUCCAAUAGAUACACAGUGGAAUGAUUUGGACUACAUGGCGAAUCACAAUGACUUUACCUAUGAUAAGAAAGCAUAUGCGGGAUUGCCUGCGUUCGUAAAAGAAUUACACUCGAAAGGAAUGCAUUACAUUCCUUUAGUCGAUGCUGGAAUAUCCGCUAGUGAGAAAUCCGGUACUUAUCCACCGUAUGACAAAGGAUUUGACAUGAAAAUUUUCGUUACGAAUUCAUCGGGACUCCCAAUGGUCGGCAAGGUAUGGAAUUUGGGUACGACAGUAUGGCCAGACUUCACGAAUCCGUCCACGGUUGAUUAUUGGACAUCUAUGUUAGAAGACAUGCAUAAAUCCUUCGAAUUUGAUGGUAUCUGGUUGGAUAUGAAUGAACCUAGCAAUUUCAUCGACGGUCAAUACGGGGAUUGUCCUCCAUCUAGUUUGGAAACCCCGCCGUAUCUUCCCGGAGUUAAUGGUGGCAAAUUAAACUAUCAUACCUUGUGCAUGACAGCGAAUCAUUCUGUAGGAUUGCAUUAUAAUGUACAUCAAUUGUACGGGUUGACUGAGUCGAUGGUAACCAACUUUGCUUUGGCUACGAUUCGUGCUAAACGACCGUUUAUAAUUUCACGUUCGUCUUUCCCUGGUUUGGGUAAAUACGCUGGACAUUGGAGCGGAGAUGUUGUCUCCGAAUGGAAAGAUAUGAAGUUUUCUGUGCCACAAUUACUCAGCUAUAGUUUAUUCGGUGUGCCAAUGAUGGGUGCUGAUAUUUGUGGUUUUAACGGCAAUACAACUGAGGCUUUGUGCAAUAGAUGGUCACAGCUUGGCGCGUUUUAUCCUUUUUCACGAAAUCAUAAUACUGAUGAUGGAAUUCCACAAGAUCCAGUUUCUCUUGGACCUGACGUAACCGCAUCCGCAAAGAAAGCCCUGACUACUCGUUAUUCUCUGCUGCCAUAUUUGUACACCCUCUUCUGGGCUGCGCAUGUCAACGGUGACACCGUAGCACGUCCAUUAUUCUUCGAAUAUAUUGGCGAUACUAAAACAUACGCCAUUGACGACCAAUUCCUUUGGGGUGCAGGAUUAAUGAUCGUCCCAGUCUUAUACGAAAACCGCAUGUGGGUUAACCCGUAUUUACCACGCGGUUACUGGUACGAUUACUACUCACAUCAAAGAAUUGAAUCAAACGGAACGCGAUUCAAUAUUUCUGCUCCCCUGGAUACCAUCCCGUUGAUUAUUCGUGGUGGUUACAUCCUGCCACAACAGGAACCAUUGCAGACUACAACGCGUGCGCGUCAAACCAAAUUAAAGUUGCUGGUUGCGCCUGAUGAUAGCAUGAAUGCAAUGGGCAAGUUGUAUUGGGAUGACGGAGAUUCACUAAAUACUGUCGAAGAGCGUCGUUAUGUUUUAAUCAAUUUCAAUAUGGCGAACAACACGUUAACUACAGCAAUUGAACAUUGGGGCGAUAACAGCGUUACAAAUUUGGACCGUGUAACCAUCAUGGGAUUGGAACGCGUAACAAACGUUACUAUCAACAAUGCCAGCCAUGCUUUCCAAUAUAACGAUGAGUUUAAAUAUUUACGCAUCACAGAUCUAAAUAUAAACUUGAUGAAUCCGCUGCGAAUUGAUUGGCUAACAAAGUAAGUUAGUUGUGAUAAGUCAUGAUAGUCACAGGUACUUAAAUAGACUGCGCACGAUAUAUUUAACCAGAGUUAAAUGUCACCAAGAAGAAGGCUGUUUCGUAAAAAUUUGUUAAAUCGUAGCCUGAAUUUAGCAAACUUUACUACUUAUCACCAAUACCAAAUGCUUAGAGAAUAAGUUCAAUGUCCAAAACAUAAAUCGCGUAAAUGAAUGUGCCAAAUGACUCGAAACUAUAACAUAAUAACAUAACCAAACUUAGCGUAUUUACAAAAAUCUACAAAUUUAUUAUACAUGUUUUCGAUGUUGCUCACAGCUCAGAAUGUUUUCGGUAAAGAUGUAAAGCAAAAAAGUUACAAGUUGUUGACAUUUUAUUCGGAACAAUUGCUAGGUAAUCGUCCGUGCGUUUCUUGUUAUGUUAUUACACACAUUUCAUGUAACAUGAAUCACCAAAUAUUAUACAUUCGCUAUAAUAGGGCAAAUUUAAAUUAGAUUAGAUAACAAUACGGUUAAUUUGAUAUAAUAGAUAAGGUAUUAAAAAUGUUACAAACGCUACGUGCAUGCGAUGCGCGAAUGUGCAAAAACAUUGUAAUUAAUAAUAACAACAAAAGUGUCAACAGUCUCCAAA